CGACACAUGAAGGCAUGUUUCAUAAUGAUUUCGUUUACAGCCGGAUAUUGUAUGCAAAGUAAUCCGUAUUUUGUGAGUAUAAACAGUUUACCGGAUAAUUAUUCCGUUCACGAAACGGAUAUUUGCUUAUUUUUGCCCCUUUGUGACUUUCUCAAGAUAAUGGAGGCCAUUAUUGAAGGUUUUGUGACUGAAGACAGGGCCAGGUUUCCUAAUGGCCCACCAAAAAAGUUCUCAUACGGUACAGCAGGUUUUAGAGAAAGAGCAAAUCUACUGGAGUGUGUACUUUUUAGAGCAAGCGUCAUAGCUGGCCUGAGAUCAAGAGCUGCUCGAGGGUCUAUUGGUAUUGUGAUUACUGCGUCUCAUAAUCCUGUGGAGGAUAAUGGGGUUAAAUUUGUCGACACAAGAGGGGAAAUGUUAAUACCAGAAUGGGAGUCUGUGGCCUCGGAAAUCGCUAAUGCGACAAACUCGGAUUUAAAGGAGGUCAUUAUGUCCACUGUUAAUAAAUAUUCAUUAAAUGAUAUUAAUUAUAAUCCUGUCAUUCAAAUUGCAAGGGACACCAGACCGAGCAGUGAUGGUCUGUUGGCUUUGUUAAAAGAUGGCCUUCAGCUAUUAGGAGUACGUUAUACUGAUCAUGGUUUAUUGACUACUCCCCAGUUACAUUUUAUCGUCAAAAGUCACAACUCACAGUGCUCCUAUGGCCAACCCACUCCACUUGGCUACUAUCAAAAACUCUCCAAGGCCUUUCGCUCACUGAUGUCUCAGGUAGUGUCAGAUUCAAAACCUGUCAUGAAACUGGAUGCUGCUAACGGUGUGGGGGCGGGGAGAGUGAUUGAGCUAUUGGAGCACAUCGGGGACAUAAUGAACAUUGAAGUGUAUAAUGACGGAACCAAUGGAGAACUGAAUUAUAUGUGUGGAGCUGAUUUUGUAAAGGCAUCACAAGUUGCCCCUAACGGUGUACCAAUAGUUCCAGGUGGUUGUUAUGUUUCGUUUGAUGGAGACGCAGACAGGAUUGUAUUCUGGUACUGCAGUAAAGAUGGAGGUAAAUUCGUUCUGCUUGAUGGAGACAGAAUUGCCAGUCUGAUGGCAAUGUUCAUUAAAGAUCAUUUAUUAACGUUAAGCCUUAAACUAAACAUGAGCGUCAUUCAAACAGCUUAUGCUAAUGGCAGUUCUACCACAUACAUACAAGAGACACUGGAUAUACCAGUGACUUUUACAGAGACGGGAGUGAAGUAUCUUCAGCGAAAAGCUCAAGAAUUUGAUAUCGGAAUCUUCUUUGAGGCUAAUGGACAUGGGACUGUACUCUACAGUGAUACUGCUGUAGAACGAAUCAAGGCAUUCGUGCAUAAUGAGAAAUUGUCCGAUGAUGUUAGAAGCAGUGGUAAGGCUCUCCUGGACCUCAUUGAUUUAACUAAUCAGACUACAGGUGACUCAAUAUCUGACAUGUUAAUAGUUCAAGUUAUACUGUCGCAUAAAAAAUGGAGUUUUGAUGAUUGGGCUAACCUCUAUACAGAUCUACCUAACGAACAAAUAAAAGUUAAAGUCAAAGACCGUCAGGUUAUAAAGACAGCUGAUGAAGAGAGGAAGUGUGUCAAACCAGACGGGCUACAAGAUCUUAUUGAUAAAUUAGUAAAUACAGUCAGUAAGGGAAGAUCCUUUGUUAGACCAUCUGGUACCGAAGACAUUGUUAGAGUUUAUGCAGAAGCUGAAACAAAAGAGGAAGCUCAUUCUUUAGGUAUUGCUGUUGCUCAAAGUGUGUUUGAACUGGCUGGAGGGAUAGGAACAAAACCAGUUUUGUAAACUAGUAUUAUAUUAUUAUUAUUAGUAUUAUUUUAUCCACCGCUAACAUAAUAGUAUCAAUUUUUAAUUAAUUAAUAAUAACAAUUAAUGUUAUGAAUAUUAA